AUGGGAAAUGGUUUACAGAAAUCCGGUAAUUUACCACCGGCCAUAGCAAUGCCCCCAGAAAUUUUUCAAAAAGUUUGUUCAUUUCUAUCACCUGACGAAUUAUUCGCAUUACUACGCGUCUGCCGAUACUUUCGUUUCUUACUCACUCCCACACAAUCCACACUGACUCAAGAAAUAUGGCGAACUUCACGGCUGCCUUACCUGCCACGUAAUACACCACCGAAAGGAAUGUCCGAGCAACAAUAUGUAUUAUUAGCAUACUGGUUAUCGAGAUGUCAGUUUUGCCGCGGAAGACGUGGAAUGGAAUCUAAAGUUUAUUGGGCUUUUCGUGUCCGUGCUUGUCGUUAUUGUUUACUAGAUCGUAUUAUUAGCAAACAUCGUCUUCUGCAUGAUUGGAAAAUUCCCAAAGGUGUUCUUGCAGGCCUUCCUUUCAUCUCAAUAAACAACUACGACAUUUACUGGAUUGCCGACGUCAUGCCUGCUGAAUUCGAAUACAGCUCCAUGGUUCCGACCCAACGUCCUUCGUGGACGAAUCGUAAACGCCAAUUUCUACGACAAUUCAUGGAAGACAUCGAAGAGUUCGAAUUAGCCUACAAAUACAACAUGAUCGGUUGGUAUUACGAUGAGCAGGAAGUGAUUCGAAAAACAUGUAUGGUGGAUGAUAUCGCCGCCGAGAUGUCUAUCGAUCCAAAUCAGUUGCGUAGUUUACGGCUGUUUAAAGAGCCUUUGGAUUGUAUAAGUUGGCCACCACAAGAAAAGGAUUGGACCGGAUGGAGAUAUCAAAUGGUGUUCGAAUAUUUGAAAUUAAUUCAAAAUGGAUAUAAUAAAUAA